GAUUUGCCAUAGUCAACAUGUCUGCGCCCAUCUCGCCUGUGGUGGAGGCCUCCUCCAGACAGGAUUUGUGCGAAAUUGAAGCCACAGUAACCAGCGGAUUUGAAGUCGUAGCAUUGCAAGAUGCCGUCGAGAAGUUGGGUUGUAAAGUCGUCAGAGGAAGAGGCAGGAUUUUUAUUCACAUCCCUGUGAAGCAAGCGGAAAAGGUGCUACAGCUUGGGGGUGUUGAUAACUUGUAUGUGGUAGUGAAACGAUACGAAGAUUUCAACUUUUCAAAGGACCAGCUUGUCCUUCAGGGUGCUGUAAACUGGCCCAAUGCGUAUCAUAUAUGUGGUGACAACCAUGAGAAGGCCUGGCCUAGAUGUCAGCAGAACCUGGACUUUGUCCGUGAGAAGAGGAGAGUGAAAGGAAGGUCGUCAGCUACUUGUGAUGUGAUGAAGUGGGACGUGACUAACCUACCUCUACGAGAUAACACAGUGGACGUCUUUAUUACGGACUUGCCAUUUGGUAAAAGACUGGGCUCCACCAUGGACAACAGAGUACUGUACCCUAAAGCAUUAACUGAGAUGGCCAGAGUGUGCAAACCUAAGACUGGGAGAGCCUGUCUGCUCACACACGACAGGAGGAGCAUUGCCAAGGCCAUGCAGGCAGUUAGUCACCUGUGGCACCGAGGCAUUGUACUGUGGAUCAACAUAGGCGGACUGGCUGCUGGGGUCUACAUGCUGCACAGGAACGCUGAUGAUGGAAAGAAGGAGAGAAAAGAGGCGAGGGGAGGACAAAACAGUGCUGCAGGACAAUGAGCAGCAGAGGGAGGACAGCUUGGCUGGUUUAUUAAUAAAAGAACGAAGAGAAAUAAAGUAGUGUAGAAGGUACAUGUGAUGUACGUGCUAGUGACAGUAUAAAGUGCUGUUUUUAAAACCAUACUCAGUACGUUAAACAAUGGUUAGUCACAAGGGACAUUUUUGAAGUUUUGAGAUUUUUUAAUCAUGGUAUAGGAUAGGUAGGUAGGUAGGUUGAGUUUUUAAUCAUGGUACAAGAUAUAGCAUUGCCCAUAUACUUGUACUUUGUAGUCUUUAGUUAGUAAGUUCAAAAUGAGCAACUUCAAAAAGUAAUUGCUUUAACUACCUUCCAAUGGUAAAAUUUAAGGUAUCUCCUAUAGUACAAAGUACUCUAAUAUUCUAGGCUUGACCCAAAAGAUAAGGAUCAUGUGCAGUAUUUUAAGAGGGGAGAAUUAUCAUAUUUUUCUUGAUUAAGAUCAUAUUAGGUAUAACAGGUUGGUGGCCAUCAGGAUCCACAAAGAUCCUCUAUUUCAUUCAUCUUCAAGAUGUCUGGUUUUUAAUUUUUUCUUUUUUUUUCAAUUUUAAAUUUCCAUUGAUAAUUUUAAAGUUACAUUUAUAGGGUGUGUGUUUGGAAAGGCAAAUUGUGUCAUGUAUCAGCUGUAAACUGAUGUGUGUUUAAGUUCCGGACAGAUAUUGCUGAAAAUUAUUAUUUUUCAUUAAUUUUGGGGACGUUCAUGGCAUACACACCAUUAGACUGUUGUCCUCUACUUAAUUUACCUACUUGCAUAUCAGUUUAGUACAGAACACUCGUGUGUUAUAAAAUUUUUAGUUUGCUGAAGUAAUUUGUGGAGAUUUAUGGAUACUGAUUGAAAAGAAUAGCUAGUUAUAGCGACAUUUUGCCAUUGUAUAAAUGGAUAAAAAUUCCCCACCCCUUUUUUUUAAUUAAAUUAAAUCCCUUUAAAAUAUUUAUUUUUCUGAAAGGAAAGUGGGGUAUUGAGCUAUACUGACUGAAUUGUUUACACAGGUUUUUAUUUAGUUCAGAAACAAAAGUUUCUUGCACCCCAAAAAAUUAAGUAAGCACUGUGAAAAAGAUUAUGCCAUAAUGAAACAGCAAUGCCAAAAGAGAGAGAAAUAAGUUAUUUUUUAUAAAACUUGGUUUGAUGUAGUUUGUUUUGGAUGUGUGAAAAAUUAAGAAUUGAAAAAAAAAAAGAGUCAUUUAUAACUAACUUAGUAUUCAGUUAUUAGCGUUGGCUGGGGUCUGAUUAUUUUAUUAUUAUAUUAUUAUUUUUUAUUAUUUUAUUAUUCAACUGAAUUAUACCAAGAUAGCAUCAAAAGUUUCAAGACCAUUGUCAGCAAAUAUUGUUGUCAUUUGAAUGAUUGCAUGUUUUUCAAUUUCUCUGAUUGGUAAAAAAAUCAAUUACAUCAUUGAUCAGGAUAUGUUUAGUGAUGAUGUCAUUGGUCAAUUAUUGUUUUAUCUGACCUCAUUUUCCUCGUUAUAUGAUCAUAUUCUAUGUUGAUUAUUAUAAAUAACAUAUGUUGUACUUCAUCCCUGAAGGUGGAGAUAGAAUGCUUAAUGAGGUGGACCUUAAAGGGAUAAUAACUCUUCGUAUGAGAUCUAUAUUUCACAAUAAAAACAUUGUGAAUAACUCAUAGAAAUA